AUAAAGGCGUCUAUACACGAUCAGAAAAAUGUUACCGAGUAGUGUCUACUGGACAAACUUGUAUCCCUGGUACCAGCUGGCUGUCUAUACGACUAUAAACCCGCCUCAACUGAAUCCAGUCUUCAUCUUCCAGUGUCCAGAUAAGAAUAAGAUCACCUGCCAGAAUGGAAAUGAGUACAUGGACUCCACCUGUCAUACAGAGCAGGCUGCCUUAUCCACCCCAGACUGUCUGUAGCAGGCCAUUCUGCCCAACACCGAAGAUGGGAUAUGAUCAACAAUCUGUCAGAUUAAGCAAUCCCCAUGCUUUCUCUGAGCCUAUAUCAAGAUCAGCUAAUUUGCACCCAAACUGGACUCCACAGAUGUGGAACAAUGGAUUCCACAAUCAGAUGCUUUACAAAUCUCCAGCUUCUGGCAGUAAUCCUCCAUCACAUAUUAUACCCCAUGCAUCUUUAAAGGCAGGACAAGAAAGAACCCUUAGUGUAAACCUUAACUGUGAUCCACCGGUCUUAAAUACCACUUAUCAGAGGAAUUACAAGGACCUGCACUCCAUGCAAAGUAUCAGAUGUACUUGUAGCAAUACAAAUUGUGUAUUUAAAAAUUGUUCUUGUAGGAAAGGUUUAAUUCCACCUCGGCACCACCCUUUAAACAGACACUAUGGAGUACAUGCUACACACCAGCCUGCAGCUCAGUCACAGGAGGCAUCUUUAAAUGCUCAGAUUAAUCAAACAGCACUGACAACUAUCAUGAAUCAAGGACAAACGUGUGUAGUAGGACAACACAAUGAAACACCCAGCUCUGUAGCACAUGUACCUGCUGCAUCACAUAUACCAGUGAAUUCACUGCAGCCUUCAGCGUUUAUAAUUAACGGCUGUCAGAAGAGUCAGAGUCAGGUUCAAAAACCAUUAUGCCAACCUUUACCAUCCAGAGAACAUAAUGGUUACCUUGAGUUAAAGCAAAGUUCAAGAAAAACCCCACAUCUGCCAAACAGGCAUGUGAAUUCUGCCCAAGUUAAGCAAAGUCUGAACCGAUUUGUACCCAUCUUACCUAAAGACAGUAUCCAGUCUCAGACCACAAAUAUUUCUGGCCAUCACAGCAAGACAAACUUUGCAACAUUUACUGCUAUUCCGAGCAGAACACAUCCACAAGUUCUACAAUCAAGCACAGUGAGUGGAAUGACUGCAAACUCCCAGGACAUAACCUCUAUUAGCUCUUCCACCAGUCACACAUCAUCUUCCACUUCAGGUUCAGGAUCUGCUCAUUACUCUCAUGGUCUUCUGGUAAAUCUUUUAGUGCAAAAUAAUGACAGUCAGAACUCCUCCAGUGUUGUCUCCCAUUCUGCUAAGAGCAAAAGUGGAUCCCAGCAAUCUACACAUGACCAUACGGUGAGAUUCAUCACCACUGCAGAAAACUACAGACAAGACAAGGCAAGGCAAGGUCAGAAGCAGAAGGAACCUGCUAAAGAAUCUGGUAUUUCAAGGGGGAAUGCAAUUAGUCAUCUUGCAGAUCCACAACCGCCAAAGCAGAACGAGAGGACUAAUUGGACAAAGAGAAAUGACAAGAUGGAGUCCUGCAUAGACCCAGCUGUGUCCCAAAAGCUGGUAAAUUCACAGCUCGGCCCAGUUCAAGUGAACAAGGUAGUAGCUGUCUUUCCACCCAUUUAUCAGCAGGCUUGUAGUCAUGGACCCCAGAAUGAUGUUACUACAAGCACUAAUUUCAGGCCUGUCUUGAAAACAAAUAGUGCUAAGAAUCGUUUUGAGGAGAGUAAGAACGUGGAGAAGGAGACAAACGUACCAAAUGCGAUCUUUAAUCUGCCUCAGGUACCAUCUUUACCAAGUUCAUUACCAAGACUUGGAGCAAUCGCUGAAAUGCCUACAUCUGAUAAAGAUCCAACAUCAGGCUCUCAAAGCUGUGAGAUUACUCAGUGUGAAAAUGACCCUUUGUCUACAACCCAAAUCUCUAACAAACGUCAAGAUUCUGUUCACUCUGUCGAUUCAACAGCAAAAGUUUCAGUAGAACAAAGUGAUGUCCAACAACUCGAAUCGUCUUCUGAAGACACUGUAUUUGAUUUGUCCACAGUUCCUGUGGUUGAAUAUACCUUGCAGGAACUGAAGGAUUUGGUGAACUCUUUAGAGGCCAAACCAGCAGAGAGAGACAAAUCGAUGAUAACGGAUGUUGUAAAGAGCAUUUUAGAUCUGUUUUAUAACGGGGACAAGAAAAACCUGGCCCAUUUAGUAGGAUUAAAGGAUGUAUUUAAAAGUUUAUCUAAAUUGUGUGUAAAAGAAAUGCAUUCUCUGGUUCUUCAGUCUUCAGUGGUUUUACCUAAACACAUAAAAAUGCUGGAAAAUUGUCCCCAAACCCUGACAAAUGAAACCACGAUACCAUCUGAGGGCUUUAAAUCCUCCUGGCUGAAUGUGGAUGGACAACCAGCCAAUGUGGAUAAUGUUCUUGAGGAACCCAUUUCAGACAGUAACCUCACAUGGUUCAAGAAGGUUUCACAGUCAGUGUCUGAAAGUGUUGUGAAUGUUGUAGACAGUGUAGCCCAGACCGGUACAGACAAUCCUGAAGAUGUGUGUGUGAAUGUUCCUAAAGAUAUACCAAAGACCACAACAGAUAACAUUCCUGAAGAUCACAUCAGGAAUCCUGAACAUUCUUCAAUGAUAUUUCCAACUGCUGAUUGCAAGAAAGACAAGAUGAUUGUUGAGAAAGGUUGUGUACGUCGAACACCCACUAAACUCUCUGGGAUGCAAAGAAUAUCAAAAAAACAGUUCAAUCAGCAAAUUGAUGAUGAAAUAGAUACGGUCAAAUAUAACAUGCAGGCAUGCAACGAGCAAUCACUUGCAAGCGGUUCUAAUGAAUGUGUAACAAACAGUGAUGUAUUUGAAGAGGCGGAUGUUUCUGACAAUACAGAUGACUUACCUGAAAUCAUCCUUCUCUCAUCUGAGGAAGCUAGAAAAAUCUUCGCUGAUUGUUUUGAAAGGGACAAGAAGACAGAGCCUCCUCAGAUAUGCCACAGAAAGGAAAGAAAGGGUUUGGUCACACAAAACCAGUCAGUCAAUGGAAAACCACAAGAUGAGUUCAAAUUCACUUGCUCUCACAUGAUUGGCUUAGGAGAUGGCAGUGACCACUUCUGCCCAAGUUGCUGGAAUGAGACACCAGUACUUCAUUUUGAUGAAGAUGAAACUUUGCUCACCCCAAUGGAGGAGGUACUUAAUACGGACAACCAGAGACAAAGUCUUACUCCACAGUCUAGUAAACCAAUUAAACACCCAAGUGCAUCUGUAAGCCCAGAGUGUGGCAGCAUGAUCGCAUCUGUCAUAUCCACCCAAAAACCUAACGGAUCUGAUGUGAUGAGAGAUUCUAAUCCAGAGGAACAGACACAAAUGUCUAGUCCACCAACUGCUCGAGACCCACACCGUGGAACAGCAGGCACCAAGAACAGCAACAUCACUAUGGCUUCAUCACUAAUAGCAUCUCGAUCAAUUAAUUCGCCUUUGGAUGAUAUAAAAUCCCCCAAAACUGAUGGAGUUCCUGAUGCAGAAGAUAUCAGAUUCAGCCCUGAUAUUGUUAUUAAAAAUAUUCGGACCUUCAAACAUCCAAGUGACCACAGGUCUACAUCUAGGAAUGGUGGCCAGUGUAGCGAUGAUAGCAAACAAAGCGGUAACUUUCCUAUCAGAAAGACAUUCGCUGAUCCGCUUUCCCUCAAAACAAAAGUAGGUAGUCCUGCUCAAAUGCCAAGGGGCAGUGGGACACUUAAACGCAAGAAUGCAUUACCCCAUAAGCAAAAGAGACCAAUCAUCAUGGGACAAGGACACGAUGGACAACGCAACCAGUCAAAGAAACUGAGAUUAGAAAUUUAUGGAUCCAAGAUUAGCAAUUCAAACUUCCAUCGUGAAAGGAAAUUGCCCUCAGCUCCUGUUUACCUCACAGUGUCUCCCAGUCCAAAUACUGAUAAGAACUACACAGAUGAGCAAUCAGCCAAGAAAAAGGUCUAUAGCCAGUGGAGUGCCGCAUUCAUACAUCCACAAAAGAAGUCAAAGAAGAAGCAUGUGGAGGAUCAUCUGAAGUCCAAAAUACAAACAUUGAAAAUAGCUCUGAAAGAAAAACUCAUGGCUAUUUGACAGAAACAACCAAAUAAAUGGGAAUAAAGGAGAAAAAUGGCUGAAGAAGAUGGCAACAUUGAUGAAGCACAUGAGUACAACGUCAUGUUGAAGAACGUCAUGCUGAUGAUAAUUUGGCUGGAUGAACUAACUGAAUGGAAUUACUGUUGUGAAUUAGACUUGCUUUAUACUUGCUUUAUACUACAUUUCCCAGAAUCCUCUGCAGACUGCAUCACCAUUUUUCUAGUGCACUUCAUUACCCAUAAUCCUCAGCUGAGGUCUACAAAUAGACCUCAUUUCCUUCCUUUGUUCCUUUAUAUUGGGGAGGUGUGGGCCUGAAGAUGGGCACUCAACCAUGUGUUUGAAUCCUUUCCAUAAGAUGAGUUAUGUAAGUUUUGUAUUGUAUUGUUUCAUUGAAUUUGAUGAGUUGUAUAUUUGUCAUUAGUAGGGUUAUAGAUAUUAUAUUUGAUGUUGUAUGAUUUCAUCUUUAUUAUUGUUUGUGAGCCUGAUUUUCUUUGUUAUAUUGUUUGUAGUGACCAGAAAAACAUCUUUAGCAUCUUUAGCAUCAUUAGCAUCCUUAUCAUCUUUACCAUCUCUCCUGCUCAUCCUGUGUCUCUUAUGCAUUCCAUUUAUCCUGUGGGACCUGUGUACUGUGCAUCAAGCCUUAUUGUCAAUAAGAAUAAAUGAGUGCAAAGGGAUUAAGUUGUUCCGUGUUUUAACCAGACACACCACCAAGUUCUACAUGUCCACUGAACCUUGGAUACUUUUAACAUCUGUUAUCCAACAAAUGGUCCUUCGAGCCGGAUAGUAGUAAUUUGGUGGAAAUGGAUUAUCAUGCAAGAUCUGCAGUACGGCGCAGCCAAAGAAUGAGAAGGCCUCCCGCUCGCUAUGCGGACUACAUGAUACGAGAACGUGCUCCUCUUCCCCCUCCCUCACGAACACCAGUUGUAAGUGAUCAUCACCAGAUACAAAUGGAGAAUCCAUGUUCAUCAUCCAUGCAGCACGAACAGUCUCGAAAUGAUUUAUGCGAUAUGGAUGUUAAAGAAGAAAUACUGGGACUGAAGGGUAUGCUUGGCGAGAUUAUGUCUAAAAUGUCACAUUUAGUAGUUUCUUCUAAACAUUCUGAGCUAUCUGAGUCUUUUGAUGAUGAUUAUGAUGUUUACAAUGAGAAUGAUGUUGAUAAUACAUUUGCCAAUACAACUAUUGUUCAAGAAUUGUGUGCAUGUAUUAAGAAGGCUGAACAGAAACCUGCACAUGAAUGUGGUAAUUCUUCAACUGCCCCUAUGCCACUUUCACUGAGUAGGCCCAGUUCUUUGCCUCUUCCUCCUUCCUCACUGCUACGUAGUCCACCUCAACAUACCAAUAUAAUCGAUACACAUCAACCACAAUCAGGUAGCAUGAUGCAGCCUAUAAUGGUUCCAAGUCCGUCAAACUGUCCAUCCCCUCAAGUGCAGACUCCUCAGGUACAUCAUAGUGGUUCACCACAACAAACUUUGCAUGUACCAGGUGGCUCUUUCUCCCAGCCGUUAGUUCAUACUCAUUCAUUUCCCCAAGUAACAACAGCACAGUUACCUGCUCUGCUUCAGUAUGCUGUUUCUCAGUAUUCACAGCCAAUAGGACCAUCAAACACUACUUUACCAAUCCCUAAUCCAUCCUCAGCUAAUAUAAGUUCUCAUAUUCAACUUCAGUCAGUCAGUCCAUCAGGGAAUUUCACUGUACAGCAAACUGUUCCUUAUAUCCCACCAACUGCCCCUACUACUCAGUCAACUGCAGCUUUAUUACGUUACCCUUAUUCAUAUCCCCAGCCAUAUUAUACACCUUACCCAGUUCCCCCUUAUCCUGCUUCUCGUGUUCAAGGGCCUUCCUUCCCUUUUUUGGUUAAUGAUGACCCACAGGAAUUUGCAAUGCUGCAGUUGGCUUUGACAAAUCUGUUGUCACCUCAUGAUUCAGAACAUUACAAGUACCAUAUUCUGUUAGACCACCUAAAAUUCUCUCCUGCUCGUGAUUUAGCUUUAGCUUAUGCUAAUGACCCACAACCAUAUAUAGUAGUAUGGCUCUUUGGGCACUACAGCAGAAAUAUGGACAACCUCACCAAUUAGUCUUGAGAAAAAUCGAAGACAUUCUAGCUCUUCCCAGAGUGCGACAAGGCGACUCCAGAGCAUUUAGUAGCUUUGCACUAAAAGUUCGAGCUCUGGUUGGCAUGCUUCAAUCUCUGGGCCAAGACCAAGCCAAAUCUGAAUUAUCCUGUGCUUCUCAUGUACAGCAACUGCUCUGUAAACUGCCCGCAGAACAGGUGACCAAUUUUGCCCGUUAUGCCCGUACAGUCCUGAAGGGUCAAAGCUAUAAUUUGAUGAACUUUUCUGCCUGGCUUCAAGAAGAGGCUGAAUGUCAAUCAAUGGCUGAUCAAGUCAGUGACUUCCCAAAAUCAACUCAAAUGAAACUUCAACCAAAGACUCACAUUAACACUCAAACAGUUUUGUAUGGAGCUAACAGCAAUCACGUUGUACGAAGAUCCAUUAAUAAGCAAUUCCAGAACUUAAGUAUCUAUGUGCAUAUUGUUCCAGCCAUGAGCAUUUCAUUGGCAUAUGUCCUACCUUUAAAACAUUAGAAGACACUGGCAAGAGUGUAUGGAUAAGAGAAAACAGAAGAUGUUGAUGUGGACUUGACCAUCUAGCUGCUGACUGUGAUCUGAAAAAACCUUGUCCACAAUGUAAUGGAAAACAUCUUGGUAUACUUCAUGGAGUCAACUGUCGUGAACAGGAUAAAGGUACAUUCUAUCUUAGUCGUCUUGGAGGUCCUGGCAAGGUACUUCUAAAAGUUGUUGAAGUGCUUCUCCACUAUAAAGGUAGAUCCUUGCAAACCUAUGCUAUCUUAGAUGAUGGAUCAGAACGUACUAUGUUAUUGUCUCAAGCAUCUGAAGCCCUAGGCCUUGAUGGGAUAACUGAAUCCUUAGUCGUUCGAACUGUACGUCAAGACACUAUAGCACUUGAGGGCUUUUCUGCAACCUUUGAAAUAUCCUCCACUGACAACCCAAACAAGAGGUAUACCAUUUCCAACGCCUUUUCUGCCAGCAGAUUAGGCCUUUCUAAACAGUCAUACCCUGUAGAGACUUUACAGAGUCGAUUCAGGCAUCUUCGAGAUUUGCCUCUUCCUGCAUUUGCCAAUGUUCAACCACUUAUCCUUAUUGGGGCAGACUACCCGCAUCUGAUAAAUCCAAUUGACCAGGUGUACUUAGGACCUCCUAAAUCUCCAGCCGCCAUCCAGACUAGGUUAGGUUGGGUACUUCAAGGUCCAAUAUCAAUUCCUAAUAGGGAUGAGAUGGAGUGUCUCUUUACCAUGACCAAUCCUCUAGAUGAACUUCGCCACGAUGUGGAGAAAUUAUGGCAAGUGGAUAUCCUCCCUUUUAAAAAUGAGAAAGUCGUCGCUAGAUCUAAACAAGACCAAGCAGCUAUGGAUUUUUUGGCCUCUAAGACAAAAAGAGUCGAUGUGGAUGGUGUGCAAAGAUAUGCUACUCCUUUACUGCGUGCUGCCUAUGCCGUAAGGCUAAAAGCUUCAACAAAUGCGGUUAUUUUUUCUCUCCGAUGGAUAGAGAGGCGUCUUGAAAGAAACCCUAAAGCCGCCUUUGUGUAUAAUCAAGAAAUUACCAAGCUGGAAAUGUCUGGGUACAUCUCAAAAGUGGAACCCCAUCAUAUUGUGGAGCACAAUGGAAAACCACGAAUAGUAUUUAACUGUUCCUAUCAAUAUAAAGGCAUGUCACUGAACAGCCAGCUACUUCCUGGCCCACAAUUAGGUCCCUCCUUACUCGGCGUUUUACUCCGGUUCAGUCAGUAUCCAGUGGCAAUUAGUGGUGAUAUAAAAUCUAUGUUUCACCAAAUCAGGUUACUACCAGAGGAUCGCCCUCUCCUACGUUUCUUGUGGCGCAAUAUGCAGAAGUCAAAUCCACCUGACAUCUACGAAUGGCAAGUUUUGCCUUUUGGUACAGUAUGUAGUCCAUGUUGCGCAACAUAUGCCUUACAAAGGCAUGUCCAUGAUCAUCAAGAAGGUUAUGAAGAUAUCCUGAAUUCUAUAUUGCAGUCAUUCUAUGUUGACAACUGUCUAGAGAGUUUCCUAGAUGUGCAAGCUGCAAAGAGUCAACUAGAUCGAAUGCGUUCCUUACUUAUGAGUGGGGGAUUCGAAAUCAGACAGUUUGCAAGUAACCAGCCUGAUGUGGUCCGACACCUACCAUCUGAAGCCAGAGCCGAGAAUGCUGAACUAUGGAUCAAUCAAGAUCGUUUAGACCCAAAAGAAGGAGCUUUGGGUCUGAGUUGGCAUUGUCCUUCUGAUUCAUUAGGAUAUAUAUCUAGAAUGGUAGAAUGCAAACCGAUAACUAUGCGUAAUAUUUACAAAGCUCUUGCAAGUCAAUAUGACCCACUUGGAUACAUAAUUCCCUUCACAACCAGAGCUAAAGUCAUUAUACAACAGCUUUGGAUGAAACCCAGAGACUGGGAUGAUCCCCUUAUGCCAGAUUCUAUCCAAAAAGCCUGGACGGCUUGGGAAACUGAGCUUUCUGAUUUGUCUUUGAUCAAACUUCCCCGUUGCUAUUCAAUAUUACCCUCAGAACAAAUCACGUCCAGGGAGUUACAUAUUUUUUCCGACGCCUCAGAGAAUGCAUAUGGCUCAGUAGCCUAUUUGCGAAUGGAAACCAAUAAGAGUGUGGUACAAACUUCCUUUAUCAUGGCAAGCUCUCGAGUUGCCCCAAAAAGGCAAAUAUCCAUUCCCCGCCUAGAUCUUUGUGCUGCUCUAACAGGUGCUCAACUUUCAAAACUCCUGCACACCGAAUUGACUCUCCCUUUGACACGUACUGUUUUAUGGUCAGAUUCGACAACCGUUUUGUCUUGGCUGCAUUCUUCCUCCUGUCGAUACAAAGUUUUUGUAGCCAAUAGAGUUACGGAAAUUCUGGAACUCACAGAUCCUUCCUCUUGGAGAUACAUUCCAUCUGGGCAGAACCCAGCAGACGACAUUACUAGAGGUAGUUGAGCUAGCCAAGCCUGACCAUAGAUGGCGACAAGGCCCAAUGUUCCUGAAACGUCCACUGCAUGAGUGGCCAUCAAAUCUAGUAUCCAGUCCUGUUAGUCCUGAUCUGGAGCUCCGUAAACCACUUUUUUGUGGGUUAACUCAGUCAGAAGAUCUUGUGCUUCCAGACCCAGGUCAUUUUAAGUCAUGGUCAGAAUUGAAGUCUGCAACAACUGAACUCCUGCGACACCACAAUCCAGACUCCUUUGAUAGUUCCUCUGUUGAAACCUUACUUCUAAAACAAGCGCAACAACGAAGUUUCCCCUCUGAGUACCGGUGCUUGAAACCUGUAAACCUGUUGAAUCCCAAAGCCGCCUUCUUACCCUUUCCCCAGAACUGAAUGAAGAAACAGGACUUAUUUUAGUGGGUGGCAGGCUAAGACGGGUAAAGGAUAUUGAACCAGGAAUUGUUCAUCCAGUGGUUCUUGACCCUAAACACCCUCUGUCCCAGCUAAUUAUCAAAGAUUGUGAUGAUAAACUUUUCCAUCCUGGCCCAGAGAGAGUUUUUUCAGAACUUCGGCGUAACUAUUGGAUAAUUAAAGGGAGACAAGCUAUAAAGAAACAUCAGUGGUCUUGUUUGGAAUGUAAGAAGUGGAGAGCUAAACCAACUAUACCUCAAAUGUCAGAUCUCCCCUCCUCUAAGCUCCAGUUGUGUAAACCUCCAUUCUGGUCCACUGGAAUGGAUUGUUUUGGCCCCUUCCAUGUUAAGGUUGAUCGUAGGACAGAAAAAAGAUGGGGCAUCCUCUUCAAAUGCCAGACCACUCGGUGUCUACAUAUUGACUUGCUAACUAGUUUAGAUGCGGACAGUUUCCUAAUGGCACUUCGUCGCUUUAUAUCUAGGAGAGGUAAGCCCUAUGAAAUUCUUAGUGACCAAGGUAGUAAUUUCUGUGGUGCUGCAAGAGAAUUGAAGGAAGUUUUCCAUAACCUUACCACUGAAUUACAACUUAAAUUGGAAAAUCAGCAGAUUAAAUUUAAGUUUAAUCCGCCACAAGCCCCUCAUUUUGGAGGAUCAUGGGAGAGAGAGAUCCGUUCAAUAAAAACCGCUCUGCGAGUGGUACUUGGCAGUCAAACCAUAUCAGAGGAAGUCUUACGGACAGUUCUGAUAGAAAUUGAAGGGGUGUUAAAUUCAAAACCACUUGGUUAUGCCUCAUCUAACAUUUCAGAUUUUGAUCCCAUCACCCCAAAUCUUCUCCUCAUGGGGCGGCGGGACUCUUCUCUACCACAGGUGAUCUAUGCCAACACAGAGUUCCUAGGCCAUAGAUCUUGGCAUCACAGCCAAGUUCUUGCUGACCAGUUUUGGACAUCCUUUAUUCAUUAUUAUUUGCCAGGUCAGCAACUUCGUUAAAAAUGGAAUAGGGAACAGCCUAAUUUAAAUGAUUCUGUUGUCGUCUUGGUUAUUGAUCCUCAACUUCCACGAGCAUCAUGGCCUGUUGGCAAGGUAGUACGUCUUCUACCCAGUCAGGAUGGACGUGUUAGAGUUGCUGAGAUUAACAUCAAUGAUAAAACUUAUGUACGCCCAGUUGCCAAGUUGAUUCCAUUACCUAAAAUAGAUGAUUAAUAGCAAAUACAUUACUGUAUUUGGGGGCGGCUGUUGUGAAUUAGACUUGUUUUUCUUUUUUUUUGCUUUAUACUACAUUUCCCAGAAUCCUCUGCAGACUGCAUCACCAUUUUUCUAGUGCACUUCAUUACCCAUAAUCCUCAGCUGAGGUCUACAAAUAGACCUCAUUUCCUUCCUUUGUUCCUUUAUAUUGGGGAGGUGUGGGCCUGAAGAUGGGCACUCAACCAUGUGUUUGAAUCCUUUCCAUAAGAUGAGUUAUGUAAGUUUUGUAUUGUAUUGUUUCAUUGAAUUUGAUGAGUUGUAUAUUUGUCAUUAGUAGGGUUAUAGAUAUUAUAUUUGAUGUUGUAUGAUUUCAUCUUUAUUAUUGUUUGUGAGCCUGAUUUUCUUUGUUAUAUUGUUUGUAGUGACCAGAAAAACAUCUUUAGCAUCUUUAGCAUCCUUAUCAUCUUUACCAUCUCUCCUGCUCAUCCUGUGUCUCUUAUGCAUUCCAUUUAUCCUGUGGGACCUGUGUACUGUGCAUCAAGCCUUAUUGUCAAUAAGAAUAAAUGAGAGCAAAGGGAUUAAGUUGUUCCGUGUUUUAACCAGACACACCACCAAGUUCUACAUGUCCACUGAACCUUGGAUACUUUUAACAUCUGUUAUCCAACAAUUACUUGACUUACUUUAUCAAUCUUUUACAAAUCUUUUUCUCCAAAGUGUGUAAAUGUUUGCAUUAACUAAACUGAAAUAAACAUUUAUGCUGGAUUUUCAAUAUUUUUUUUGAUGUUUAUGUUUAUGAUGAUUUUAAUUGUUUUGAUUUUUGAUGAAUACCAGUGCCAGUCUUCUGAGGUGAGGUUAGCUGAGGUGUUUGUUUAUGGCUUACGGCUCUGCGUAGACCGUCCGAGGCCGAGUUCCAUUUUUAGGCUGCAUUUCUUUUGCCUUAAAUGUCAAAAUAUUUGCAGUAAACUAUGCAAAUCAAGCUGAAAUUGGCAUUAGUUACUCUGCUGUAGUGCUGUAUCAGUUCUAAAUGAAAACUGUCUUUGGGAUUGUUUUGUGUUUAGAACUGUUUUAAUGGUAAUCAGAUAUACCUAAGCAGCAGUUUGUGGUAGCAUAUUACUGAUAGGAAACCACAACCUUUGAAGCUGAAGUGCUGUUGCAGGAAGUGUUUAAGUGCAAAACAAGUCUGAAAGCAAAAACAAAACUCGACAAAAAAUGUUUGAAGUGAUCUGUAAACCAGGAGUGAAAACAUUGUGGUAAUUUGAUCAAAAUUAAAGAAAAAACAAGAAACCCAUAAAAUGAGCAAGCAGCUGUGACUGAAUUAGGAUGUCAGAGAAAAAAUAAUAAUAGGAAAAAACUGUAAUAGUAAAAUAAGUGUAAUCAAAAGACCAGAUUCAGUAGUGUUACUUGACCUUGUGGAGGAAAUUGAAUAAUAUCCUAUUUCCUAUCUACAAAUGUUCUUGUGACCUCAGUUUGAUCUAAUUUUCCGUCUGUUUGUGUUCGUUUCUCACUUUCUGUCAUGUGAUUAAUCCUUUGGUACAGUUUUCUGAACAUUAUCUCACAGAUUAGUUUCAGUGCAAAAUAUUGUCAGGAAACUGCAAGGGCCUACGUGAGCAACUGAUUAAAGGUGCACGAUCUCUGAAAGACAAUGUUGACAUUUGAAAUCACCAAAACAAACAUGCCCCUAACCCAAAUGGGUGUCACCCCUGUUUUGAUAGCUCCGCCCACACAUACAUAUGUAACCCAGGCAACUAUUAUGGCGGAACCUGCUGGGGCAGCUGACCGAGGGGAUAUUUUUAUCAAUAAAUAAACACAAUGAGUAAUACUAUGGUAAUACAAAUGUGUUUUUGUAGUACUGUGUGUUGUAGCGUGAAAGGUUUAGCUCCGUUUCACGCAGAAGACGUUCAGUUCUCUCCAGCACUGGAAAGCUGAUCCUAUAUUAACACGGGUCCUACUUCUUGCCUUAUCGUAAGCCUUUUUUCGCUUUUUUCGUUUUUAUCCGCCAUGUCAAGGUUUCAGUCGCUUUCUGCUAAUGUCACACAUGCGCACUGAACACUCCGCCCAUAUUGACAAGACCCGCCCCUUUAUGCUAAUGUCAGACAUGCGUACUGAACACUCUCUCUGCCGCAUAUUGACAAGACACGCCCCUUUCUGCUAAUUGGCUACACGUUUGUUUUGUUUGUCGGCCCGACUCAGUUUUCUGAAGCAUUUCUCACACAUCGUGCACCUCACCUUUAAUAGACAUAUAGUUAUACGGUAAUAACUGCUUGGAAUGAACAAACAUAGCGUGAACCAUUACAAACCAAUCCAGUGCUUUGCUGUACUGCUGCUAAGAUUGGUUAAGUAUACUGAUAUAGUAUCUGCGUCUCACCCCUGGGUCGUGCAGGGAGGGUGCUUGAGAGAGAUAUUAACCAGCAAGAAUUGGUCUUUACUUUGGAGCAUACUAGUCAAAAUCCAGCAGUGUCAACAAUGGGAGCACCCAAGUUCCAGAGGAAUGCAUUGUCCAUUCAAGAGGAGUUUGGGAGCAGACAAGGAGCAUACUAGUCUAAAUCCAGCAGUGUCAACAAUGUUCUUCCUAGAGUGGGUAUUGCUGGCCCAAUAGCCUCAUGCAUGAGCAGGUCAUGAGAUGCCGCACCAUCAUCCUCAGAUGUGAGCAGGUCAGCGGAGGCUGCACCAUUGGCCGCAGGCAUGAUCAAGGCAUUGGAGGCCAUGCAUCAGUUUCUUGAGAGCACUUGCUAAGGACUUCAAUUCCUCUUUGUCUCCAGUCUUCCAUUCUGUGUAGUAGCUUAUGAACGGUUAAAUGGGGAGGGCCGUCGGGGACUGUCGGCCGAACCAAUGUAAACAAUUAUGAGUGAUGGAUAACAGAUGUUAAAAGUAUAAAAGGUUCAGUGGACAUGUAGAACUCGGUGGUGUGUCUUGUUAAAACACAGAACAACUUAAUGCCUUUGCUCUUAUUUAUUCUUGUUGACAAUAAAACUGGAUGCACAGUACACAGGUUUCACAGGAUAAGCAGAAUACACAGGAUACACAGGAUGGUAAAGAUGGUGUUCUGGUCACUACAAAAAAUACAACAGAGAAAUCAAGCUCGCAAAUAAUAAUAAGGGUGGACGUCAUACAACAUCAAACAUAAUAUCUGUAAACCAACUAAUGACAAGUAUACAACCCCUCAGAUUCAAGUAAACAAUACAAUACAUAGCUUACAUGACUCAUCUAAUGGAAGGGAUUCAAACACACAUGGUUGAGUGCCCUUCUUCAGGCCCACACCUCACCAAUACAAAAGAACAAAGGAAGGAAAUGAGGUCUAUUUAUAGACCUCGGCGGAGAAUUAUGGGUAAUGAAGUGCACUGAAAAACGGUGAUGCAAUCUGCAGAGGAUUGUGGGAAAUGAAGUAUAAAGGAAAAAGAAAAAACAAGUCUAAUUCACAACAAUGAGCUAUUACACAGAGUGGUAGGCUUGGAACACCCCAGGGACCUGGAUCUCUGCCCAAACAACUUGAAUCUUAGCCAUGUCCUUACCUCAGGCACAAGGAAAAAUCUCCCUAAGGAGAUUGUCAAGAGUACCAAAUUCCUUGGUGUUUAUCUGGCGGAAAACUUCACCUGGUCACACAACGCCGGCUCCAUCACCAAGAAAGCCCAGCAGCUUCCUAUAAAGGCUGAGGAAAGCCCAUGUCCUUCCCCAUCCUGGCCCCGUUCAACAGAUGGACCACUGAGAGCAUCCUGAGCAGCUGCAUCACUGCCUGGUUUGGGAGUUUCAGAUUGCAAGAAGAUAUCACAGCAUAUAGUGAGGACAGCUGGGAAGCUCAUCGAAGUCUCUCUUCCCUCUAUCUAUCAAUCUCUGGAUCCCCCAGGAUGAGUAGAAAAAGAGAAGCAUUCCAAAAUUGGUCACGCUGGAUGUGGCAGUGCUAAGGGUUAGCAGUGCUAAUUGUUUGUGAUCCUUAUCCACUUGAGCUACCACGUUAUGUACAAAGUGCAGCCAGGGAUGCUGGCAAGAAUAGCUAUAACAGCAUAACUGGUAGGGAGAUAAAGAAGGUGAUACGGACAUGAAUUCUUCCUGGGACAAAGUGUCCAACCGCUAAACAGUCAGCAAACCUGAAUGGUCAGGCGACAGCAUCCAGACAUACCAGUUAACCAAACACUUUAUGCACAUGAACCCUCCAGAUCUGCUCUGUUACCUAAGAAGAAGAAGUUAAGCCUGGACUUGAACUUAAACUGUUCCAUAACUGUGGGGUUUUGUAAGAGACAUUGUAGCCUCUGUCCCACGUUGUAGCCUUUACUACUUGAGGUACUCCACACCAUUUGUCUGAAAUAGGCAUGGUGGAAAAAACAUGGUUCGCUCAGGUACUGUCGCAUGAGACCAUUCAGUGCUUUCUUGGUCAUGUCAUGUCUACAGUGAGGCUGGGUGUUCAGCCUCUUCUUCAAAACUAUUUACAUCAGUAAAUACUUUGACAAAAGUAAUACUACUCACAGGGGGGCACGGUGGCUUAGUGGUUAGCAUGUUCGCCUCACACCUCCAGGGUUGGGGUUCGAUUCCUGCCUCCUUGUGUGUGUGGAGUUUGCAUGUUCUCCCCGUGCCUCAGGGGUUUCCUCCAGGUACUCCGGUUUCCUCCCCCGGUCCAAAGACAUGCAUGGUAGGUUGAUUGGCAUCUCUGGAAAAUUGACCAUAGUGUGUGAUUGCGUGAGUGAAUGAGAGUGUGUGCGUGUGCCCUGCGAUGGGUUGGCACUCUGUCCAGGGUGUAUCCUGCCUUGAUGCCCGAUGAUGCCUGAGACACAGGCUCCCCGUGACACAGGCUCCCCCCUUUUGCUGCAGCAAAAUAAAAUCACGUGGGGAUUUGAUCAUUCCCACAGUGUCAUCACCAGAGCCGAUCCUGACCUCCCUGGGGCCCUAAGCAAAAUUCUGAUAGGGGCCCUCCUACCUGACCCGUGAGCCAUGUAAACCAUUUGCCACACAUUUACACUUGGACAGGCAGCACUGCACAGCUAAUUUAGCUAGUCAGAUAGAGACUAGAAACAGAAUCACAUCAACUUAACUUUACUGUUACUACACAAAACACGGUUGUAGCUGCGUCUCUACAUUACUACGAUAGAAAAGAGGUGUUAUUUGUGUAGUAACAGUGUUUAGCUCAGGAGUUAUUGACUCAGGAAACUCCAAUCUGUGAAUAUGUGCCAACUUCCUGCUCCUUCAGUUCUCUCCAGCGCUGGAAAGCUGAUCCUAUAUUAACACGUCCUACUUCUUACCUUAUCGUAAGCCUUUCUUUGCUUUCUUUCUUUGUUUUUAUCCUCCAUGUCAAUGUUAAAACCGCUUUCUGCUAAUGUCACACAUGCGCACUGAACACUCUCUCCGCCCAUAUUAAGCCCCGCCCCUUUCUGCUUAAUGGCUACACGUUUGUUUUGAAUUUUGUUUAUUUUUCGGCCCGACUCAGUUUUCUGAAGCAUUUCUCAAAAAUCGGAGACCCCACCUUUAACACGCGCUGUAAAAUGAGGCAGGGGGAGGCGGGGCCUUGCGUAAUUUGCGGGGCCCUACACAACUUGCGUAGUGAGCGUAUAGGGCAGAUCGGCUCUGGUCAUCACUGCGUCGUAUGUUACUGUGAAAUCAGUGCUGGCUCUCACUGAUCAUCAGGUCACAUCUUGUAAAGGAUUGAAUGUAAUAUUAUUUAUGUAAAAUGUUUUAUUAUUUAUUUAAAAUGUCUGCAGUCACUUUCCACCCAUCAUGGACUUUACUGGUGUUUUGACCAACUUUUGAACAACUAAAUGUUUCUCCUCGUCUCUAAAACCCAUCCGUACCAUGUGGCCUAGCAGACGACGAGAGAUGAGGACACAAAAGGAUGAAACUUCAUGCUGUGUUAAAUCACAUUACUGAGCUAUAAUGUCAUUUAACUCAGCCUGCUGCCUCCCAGAUGGCCCAGCAGUUCCAGAGACAUGCAAGAUAACUGGAGUCUUUACAAUCCCUCAUGAAAUCCUAGCAAGCUUGUCGAAGCCAGCGAGGCGGUUUGAUCUGUUUAAGCUCUUAUACAAAAUGUUUAGAUUUUAUUCAUUUAGAAGUGAGUUACGUAAUGAUACCAAAAUUAUGAACGAGUGUUCCUUCAGCUUCGGUCCCAAAUGAUGUAUGUCUGUGUCGUGUAGCUCGAGAGCUUCUGUUACUGUCACAUAUUAAACAUCAGAAUGAAG